AACAGAAAGUCAACAUGAAUCUCAGCCCAGCCAAACUAUCCUGGGAGCUGCAAAUUACAUAGUUCUGGAUUCGGAUAAUUUAUAACACAUCUGGUUAGUCAACGACCUGAAAGCCAGACUGCUGUGGUGGAUUAAAGAGGAGCGGGCCAGAGCAGACGGUCUUUAUCUCUUUUCUCUCUCUCUCUCUCUCUCGUUCUUUCUUUGUCUGCGAUCAGCACAGAUCCAGCUCAGAGCCAGCUCAGAGACUCCAGGAUCAGUACUGGGAUAGCCUCAGAGUCUGACGCUCAGGCUUCGCUUACAUUAAACCUUUACUCACAAGCUUGGUCACCAGCAGAAUGACUCCAGGACCGGUGCUGUUACUGUGGGUUCUGGCUCUUCUCGCUACCGUGGCAAGCCAGGAGUAUGAGAACCGAAUGGAGAGCCAUAUCGACCGCUCUGUCCCCUGGAUCCACACCUUCCGCCAGGGGUUCAACUUUCAGUGUCCCCAUGGAGAGGUGCUGGUGGCCCUGCAGAGUGUCUUCAGUGAGAAGGAGGGGUCCGACCGCCUCUGGGCCUUCGAGUGCCAGCAGACUCCCACCACCCUGGGGCACCCCACAGAGUGCUGGUGGGACGACACCAACCGUGCAGGGAUGGAGUGGUAGGUCCCUGAUGCCAUCUCUGGUCAUCUCUGUCUCUCUUUGACCUCUCUGUUGUGUGCCCUCUUUGACCCCUGGGCUUUCUGUGCCCUGAUCCGUGUCUAGAAGUGUCAUGUUUA